AUGAAUGAAUCAAGAAUAUCUUCAAGAGUUAAUCAACGAAAUGGGAAAUUAUGUCAUCAUUUCAAUGAAAUAGGAAAAGAUUAUUCAAUACAUGAUCUAACAGAUGAUGAUGAUGAUACUGCUGCUGCUGCUGCUGCUGAUGAUGAUGAUGAUGAUGAUACUGCUGCUGCUGCUGAUGAUGAUGAUGAUCAUAACCAUGAUAGUCAUCAUAGAAUUUCAUAUUCAGAGGAUGAAUCUACUUCGAAAUCAAUCUAUACAAACUCUUUUAGAAAAUCUAAUUUCUCUCAAUUCUUAUUUCAUAAGGCAUUAAAUCUUUCAAAAAAACUUAAAUAUUAUAUCAUGCAUAGUAUUACAUUAUUUCAUGAAGAUUUAUAUGGUUUAUCAUGGUCAGAAGCAAAUGAUCGAUUACAAUCCACUUAUGGAUUAUCUAUUAAUACCAAUGGGAAUAUCUCAUCUAAAAAUGAUAGUAGAACAUUACGUCAUUUUAGUACAUCUAUAUUACCAAAUGAUUGUACUACUACUACUACCAAUACUACUAAUACUGAUACUACUACUAAUACUACUAAUACUAAUACUAUCCCUAUGAAUAGAAUGCCACGUAGAUAUUCAGAAAGACAUUCAUUACAGAAACAUUCAAGACUUUAUCAAUUAGAUAAACCAUAUUAUAUACAAUGUAAAUACAUUGAAUCAAAUAUAACUCGAUAUGAUACUACAAACAAUCCAAUGUAUAUGGAUUAUGAUUUAAAAAAGAAUAAUUUACCAAAAUUAUCUUUUAUUCACAUAAAAAAUCAAUAUCCAAUCGAUAAAAUCAAUAAACAAUUCACCAUUAAUAAUCAUGAUCCAUUAUUCAUGAAUCAUUGUUGUCAUAGUAACAAUCAUGAUUUAAAUUUAUUAACAUUUAAAAAGAAUGAUAAACAUAAAAUUGAAUAUAAAGAUGUAAAACAAAUAGAAACAACAACUAAUGCAUUAAAUGAUCAUCAUCAUCAUAGAGAUUAUCAACCAUUAAAGGAUAUGAAACAUUGGUUGAUACAUUUAAAAGAAAGACAACGAAAAAGUUUCAUGGAAUUAAAAGUACUAAGUAAUGAUAAUAAUACUAAUAGACGAAUUCAUAAAUCCCUAUCUCAUUGA